GCGCGCCGGGAAAUACUUCCGGGUCGGAGGCCGAGCAAGAUGGCGGCGCCCAUGGAGCUGUUCUGCUGGUCGGGGGCUUGGGGGCUGCCGUCAGUGGACCUGGACAGUCUGGCCGUGCUGACUUACGCCAGAUUUACUGGUGCUCCGCUCAAGGUGCACAAGAUAAGCAACCCCUGGAGGAGCCCCUCAGGAGCUCUGCCUGCCCUUCAAACCAGUCAGGGAGAAGUCAUCUCAGUGCCACACAAGAUCAUCACCCAUCUUCGAAAAGAGAAAUACAACGCCGACUACGAUCUGUCAGCCCGGCAAGGAGCAGAUACGCUGGCCUUCAUGUCCCUGCUGGAGGAGAAACUGCUCCCGGUGCUGAUACAUACUUUUUGGGUAGACCCCAAGAACUAUGUGGAAGUGACCCGGAAGUGGUAUGCUGAGGCAAUGCCCUUCCCCCUCAACUUCUUCCUGCCGGGGCGGAUGCAGCGGCAGCACAUGGAGCGCCUGCAGCUGCUGUGUGGGCAGCACGAGGCCGACAGCGAGGAAGAGCUGGAGAAGGAGCUCUACCAAGAGGCUCGGGAGUGCCUGACCCUUCUUUCCCAGCGCCUGGGCUCACAGAAGUUCUUCUUCGGAGACGCCCCCGCCUCCCUGGACGCGUUUGUUUUCAGCCACUUGGCCUUGCUGCUGCAGGCGAAGCUGCCCAGUGGGAAGCUGCAGACCCACCUCCGGGGGCUGCCCAAUCUCUGUGCCUACUGUGCCCACAUUCUCAGCCUUUACUUCCCCUGGGAUGGAGCUGAGGUGCCACCCCCACGCCAGACACCAGCAGGCCCAGACACUGAGGAGGAGCCAUACCGGCGGCGGACGCAGGUCCUCUCCGUGCUGGCGGGGCUGGCGGCCAUGGUGGGCUAUGCCUUGCUCAGUGGCAUCAUCUCUAUCCAGCGGUCAACCCCUGCCCGGGCCCCAGGUGCCCGGGGUCUGGCCAUGGCUGAGGAGGAUGAAGAGGAAUGACGUGUGCUCUUGUCCCAGGACUGACUUUUCUACUGUCGUGCAUUCCAGAGACCCCUCUGCCUCCCCACUGUUGAGACAGACAGACAUGGGGUGCUCCCCCCGGAAUAAAGCUGCUCACACCGAG